UUUACGCAUGCGUGUGGUAGUCUCAUUGAAAAGCUAUCAACAUUUUAUUAUUAAAAAAAUGUCAGAAAAAGGAGAAGUGGAUUUAACUGGUGCCAAGCAGAACACGGGCGUGUGGCUUGUUAAGGUCCCCAAAUACCUCGCUCAGCAAUGGGCAAAAGCGACAGGCAGAGGAGAGGUCGGAAAACUUCGAAUCUGCAAGAAAGGAAACUUAGGAAAAGCAGAGGUGUCUUUCACUUUGAAUGAAGAGUUGACUGUGAUUGAGGGCAUUGAAGAUAAGACGGUGUCUGCACCUCGUGAGCACCCGUUCACCAUGCAGUCAGUCGGAGGUCAGACGCUGGCCGUCUUCACUGAAAAUUCAUCGGGCCAGUCAGAAGAGAGAUCUGAUGGCAGCAGCUCAGUUUCGGGGGCGGGGGCAGGCCCAGAUAAAAUAGCUUUGGAGGGAGUGGUGGUGCAGAGAGCAGAGUGCAGACCUGCUGUCAGUGAAAGCUACAUGAGACUGAAGAGGUUACAAAUUGAGGAGUCCUCUAAGCCAGUCAGGCUGUCACAACAGUUGCAAAGUCCAGUCACCAACAACUACAAACCUGUUGCCAACCAUACUUACAAUCUCGAGUAUGACAGGAAAAAGAAGGAGGAGGGCAAGAGAGCCAGAGCUGACAAACAGCAGGUGUUGGACAUGUUGUUUUCUGCUUUUGAGAAGCACCAGUACUACAACAUCAAAGACCUGGUGGACAUCACCAAACAGCCUGUGAUUUACCUGAAAGAAAUCUUGCGUGAUAUUGGCAUCUACAACGUGAAGGGAACACACAAGAAUACCUGGGAGCUCAAGCCAGAAUACCGACAUUACCAAGGAGAGGAAAAGACUGACGAAUAGUUUCCAGACCUCGCAGGGCUGAUACACCAUCUUCUUCAUUUGAUGGGGGUAACUCCCAAAUCAGGUCUUGAUUGGACCAUGGAGCUCUCACCUGAUUUCUUUACAGGUGUGGAAACACACUGACUAACGAGGUGAAGCAGAGGUGGAGUUUUACAAAGAGAAGUUGUUGUUUCUUAUUGUUAUUUUGUAGGAUACAAGAAGAUGCAUUAGGAAACAAAUUGAGGUUUUAUGCUGAUGUGCACCACAACCUCAUGGUAAAACGAAGUAUUUGAAAUAGUUGUGCCAUCCAUCAGAGGAAAAGGACGUCACAUUUGAAAAAGCAAAAGAUGCAUUCUGCUUUUUGAAAAUGGGUUUAAUUUUUAAAGGAUAAACUUGUAAGCAGGUAGGAUGUGUUGCAAGAAAUGAUUCCCCCGAUGUGUGAUAAGGGAUUUUCUUUUUCUUGACUUUCUCAUUUUAUUGGAGUGAUGUGCUUCUUUUAAACAACCUUGCAAGUUUCAGAGUCAUGAUUUUGGAAGAUUAAUUCACCCUGAGCCUGUUGAAAAUAUCUAAACUGGCAAUGUUGUAUUCCCUUUUCAAAAAUCGCGCUUCAGGCGCAUGACAAUUUUAACUGGUUUUACAUUUUAUUGACUUCUGUAAUAAAUGUUUCAAUAGAAAAAGUUACAUGUUCUAGUUUAACUACAUGCCUAACAUCUAAGCACCUGUGCAGCUAUUAUCACCUAACAUCCCUCUUUUCCUACAGCCAGUCUGGCUUUAAGUAUUUAACUAAAUGUUAAGAAAUCAGACCACUCUAGUCUUUGUGUCCCUGAUCCAUUUAUUCCUUACUUUCAGGCAAAUGUAGAACAAACAAAUAAUGUACAUUAUACAGAACCUAAUUUGGGGCUUCAAGUAUAUUCUGGUGGCAGAGCAGUUUUAAUGAGCAACUUCCACAUCUGGAGUUCCCAGAAUUUGUACAAAUUCAGUAUUUGAAACUGGAGGAUUGGUGGGUGCUUGUGCACAGCCAUGCUACUCAUCCACGGUGCAGCUAGGAACAGACAGCUUUUGAUAUCACAGUAAGCCAACACAGCAGGAUUGUUCAGAUACAUUUUAAAGUUUAAUGCAUGUACAACACUUCACAUUGUGGCCUCAAAGCAAACCCGAUGACGCCACAUGGCAAAUAGUGAUGUUCUCUCCAACGGUUUACUUGAAAUGUAUCCGAACAACCCUGUGUGUGUAUGCUGGAUAACCCUGAUCUUUUAAGUACAGUUAAAAGGAAGGCCUCAACUGGAGUCAAAUUCAAUUUUAUUGAAGACAACAUGACAGCAGUUUAAAACUCUACAUGCACAGAACGAUUCACAUUGUUUGAAUAAACCAUAUCAGAAAA